CCCCAAACUACGCGCUUCCACUUGCGGAGAGAAAGGUCCUUUUGAGAUUUCGCAACCACAUCAGACCCGAGUCUCGAAGGCCCUGCAGAGGGAUAAACUGACAAGAUGGCCGACACGAAUGAAGAUUGGUCUUCCAACUCCAAUGAAGCCGUCGAGAUCUCCCUUGUCGUCCCAGGUGCCGGCGCCCCCAAGGCCCUUCACACCUUCAAUCCCAAAUUCACCUACCCAAUCUUCGGCGAUGAAGAGACAAUUUUCGGUUAUAAGGGAUUGAAAGUGAAUCUGCGAUACAAUGCGAGCGAUAUGCGACCAAGUCUGCAGAUCACCUGGAACUCGAAGUUCAAGACGGUGGGAGAGACAGAGCCAUUAGAUGUGAAGGCUGUUUUGGAACCAUAUCUUCCCAAGACUGCUCUUGAGAAGACCUCGAUAUUCAACGCAGCGAUUACGGAUCCUAUGUACAAAGACUGGAAGCCACCUGGAGAGCUCUGGAAAACGAUUCAGUCUGGAGACCAAACCUUCGAAGUCUGGAAAGGAAGCCUUGCCGACUUGGCUAUUCAACAAAUGGUCAAGCGAAUACAGAUACUGGUGCCGCUGUUCAUUGAGGGAGGGACAUUCAUUGAAUUGCAGGAUCCGGAAUGGUCAUUGGAACGAUGGACGGUUUUUUUUCUAUACGAGAAGAAGAAGGGCUUUUCAGAAGCUGUCUCGCCAUAUCUAUUCAUGGGAUAUUCGACAGUCUACCGAUACUUCUACUACCAAUCUACUGCUUCCUCACGACAACGACCAAAGAAUCAACUCAUUUCAAACGAGGCCAAGUUUGAUUUCAAGCUUCCACUCAACAACAUAUCCUUCAACUCACUGCCUUGUCGAUCUAGGAUUUCUCAAUUCAUCAUACUGCCCCCUUUCCAGCAUGGUGGCAAUGGUUCCCGAUUUUACAACGCCAUCUUCGACUUCUACUUGGGGGAACACCAGACAAUGGAGAUUACGGUUGAGGAUCCAAAUGAAGCAUUUGAUGACCUUAGGGAUAUCAAUGAUUUAUCUCGUUUACGGACAAUGCCCGAAUUUCUAGCUCUGAAGGUCAACGAUAGUGUGAAGAUACAAAGGAAAGGACCGGUUCCUCGCGACAUCCUGGACUUGGAAAAGUUGGAGGCAAUUAGGAGAAAGAUCAAGAUUGCUCCGAGGCAAUUCUAUCGAGUCGUUGAGAUGCAGCUUCUGUCGCUAAUUCCUCAAGGUGUGAGACAAUCAUUAUUGCCCGAGCACGAGAAAGGAAAAGGUCCAGAGCCACAGACGCACGUAUAUCGCCUUUGGAAGUUGUGGGUCAAGAAGCGAUUGUAUAAACACAACAAGGAUAUGAUGCUUCAGAUUGAUAAGUCGGAGAGGACUGAGAAGUUAGACCAGGCAGUCAGUGGAGUGGAGGACGACUAUGCUAGGUUGCUACGACAAUCUGAAUUGAGGAAGGGUCCUGGAAGGAGAGUGAGUGCUACGAGUGAGACGAACGGUGGUUCAUCGAAUGGCAACGGGAAGAGAUCAAGUUCUGAUGAUGAGGUGGAGGAUGAAGAGCCAGCGGCGAAGAAGGCCAAAAUUUCGACAUGAAAGGGCAACGGAGGAUUGUAUGAAUUUGUAUGAUUUGAUGAAAUUUGGUUGCUUGCUCCGUUUUCAUGGAAAUAGUUGGGCAGAAACCUGAUGACCAAGAGUUCCACACGCUCAGGGGAAGAUAUUGGGCAAUGAGCUUCACUCAUGCCUGGUUAUGCAUUUGAGGAGAUGUUGAUGGCAUUCUGCUACUGCGACGGUAUGGAGUUUUACCUCCCGCUCGACAUGAGCACAAUCAAUAAAUAACAAAUAUUACAUGAUGACCU